CUUAGGUACGCGGCGCUUUUCGUGCAGGCUCCCGAUGCGGCCGCUCAGUCUCCGGCCACAGCUAGGCAGCCCCAGCGGCUGCUCUUCCUCUCCGACCAGGCGGCCUCCUCCUCCUCCCUCUGCCUACCUCCCCGGGCGAGCCCUCGUGACGCCGCGGGAGGCGAGACACUCCUGGGCGGCCGCCUUGCUCAAGCUCCGCCUCGCGCGCCUGACCUCGCUCCUCUCCCGGCACAGGGGAAGCAGUUGAAGCGGCGCUAUGGCGACCUCCGGCAGCUGCAGCGGGACCGGCCGCCGGCCAGAGAGCGGCUCCGGGAGCAGGAGCCCGCAGGCUCAGCAGCCCGGCGGCCGGCGGCGGAGAGGCCCCGGCGCCUUAGCGACGGCCUAUCUAGUCCUUUAUAAUGUGGUCAUGACAGCCGGGUGGCUUGUUAUAGCAGUUGGUUUAGUCAGAGCAUAUCUUGCAACGGGUAGCUAUCAUAAACUCUAUCAUUCAAUAGAAAAGCCUUUGAAAUUCUUCCAGACUGGAGCUUUGCUUGAGAUCGUGCACUGUGCAGUAGGGAUUGUUCCUUCUUCUGUUGUCUUGACUGCUUUCCAAAUCAUGUCAAGAGUUUUUCUGACAUGGGGCAUAGCCCACAGUGUAAAAGAGGUGCAAAGUGAAGAUAGCAUCCUUCUUUUUGUGGUCGCCUGGACGAUCACAGAGAUCGUCCGUUACUCUUUCUACACAUUUAGUUUACUAAACCACCUUCCUUAUUUUAUCAAGUGGGCCAGGUAUACUUUAUUCAUCAUACUAUAUCCAAUGGGAGUUACUGGAGAAAUGCUCACAAUGUAUGCUGCUCUGCCCUUUGUCAAGCGAUCUGCUUUAUUUUCUAUUAGUUUACCUAACAAAUAUAAUUUUUCAUUUGACUACUACACAUUCCUGAUCCUGGUUAUGCUAGCUUACAUUCCAAGCUUCCCUCAGCUGUAUUUUCACAUGUUACAUCAGAGAAGAAAAGUACUUUCUGUUACUGAAGAACACAAGAAAUGUGAAUAAUUCCAACUUCUAUUUAGAGUUGUGCCCAAAUAUGUGUGCAAACAGGAACCUACCCAAAUAUGAACACUCAAUCCAAGUUAUAAAUAAUACAGAAUAGUAGUAUUUUGAGAAACUCAAAAUAAAUACUUGAUCAACUGCUCAAAUAUUAUUAAAGUUAUCAACAGUAGUAAUUUUGGGUAAAAUCAUUACCCUAUGAAAUUGCAUUUUCAGCAUGUCUUAUUAUAGUAGAACCUGUUUUUAUUUUUUUAAGUGACUCUAUAAUCUGUUGAUUAAAAACUACCAUUACAUACUUGAUAAUUAAAAUCAUAGAUAAGUAAACUUGGAUUAGGAUUAGAAUUAUUUCAAACUUUGCAUGUCUGACAUUGCACCGUAACUUAUCUGGAAUGCUUUUAAACACUUGCCUAAACUGCCAUCAGCUUCCUAAAGAUUGCUGAUCCUGAUCUUAGAGAAGAUCAUAUUCAUAUCCAACAAGCCUAAACAAAGAGACAGUGUUACCAUGAUAAUAGCUGUAACCAGUUGCAUAAUCUGCACAACUGAUUUUUUUUAUGUAGUUGGGCCUUAAAAUACUGCAUUGUUGCACAAGAGUGAAUGAGUGUUUUAAACAUGCAACGUAAUCUUAAUACCUCAAAUUUGGAUGUUCUCUUGCUAUUCUUGAAUGCUUCUCUCCACCAAAACCCUAUUUUAUUGAAAUGCACACAUCAUAGCUAAUUUGUUUUUAUAAUCUGUAUUUAAUUGUUGAAGUACAAAGAGAAUAAAUACAAAGAAAAUAUACAAAGAUAGGAAAACAAUAAAAAAGACUGCUACAUUAAAAAAAAACGGUGAAAAAAAGAAAAAGUAAAUUACUUUUUAGUGAUACAUUUUCCUCCUUUCUUCCCUUUGUAUUCCUAACUACUACACUAGUAGCUUUAAGUAAUCCGUGAUUGAUAUUGACAAAAAAACACUUUUGAUACAGCUUUAAAAUUGCUGUUCAAAUUCAUCCAGUUGCAAUCUGUUAAGAAAAUGUUGAUACUUUUAGAAAAAUAAGCAUUUAGAGAAAUUGAAGAUACUUUUCUUAAAAUCUGUUCAUGUAAAAUUCAAAACAUUUUAAGGCUCCAUUAAUUUUGGGAUUCAAGCUAUUGCAUGAAAGUUUAAUGUGUUUCAAAGCUAACUCAUUUGGAAAAUUGACGUUUUAUAUGGAAAAUUAUUGAAUCUUUGAAUACUUUUUAUUAAAUAACUGCUUUGAUAGUCUUGAAGAAAACACAAAUUGUCAUUUAUAUUUUUAAUUAGACGCCAUCAUGGUAAGGGGAUAAGUUUUAUUAUUGCUAAAAAUGAUGCUGGUAUUGCUCAUUUUCCCUAGUACUAAAUUUAUGUACAUUAACUUACAGUUUAGGAAGCAUAUCCUUCUUUACUCCAUCGCAGUAACUUACUUUGUAUCUCACUGUCACUUUUUACUUCGUUCUACCAUGGGGGAUGCCAGGAAUGCCUUACAGAAAUCUUUGGCAUUCUUGUUGAUCAUUCUGUAAAUAUAUGUAAUUUUUUUUGUCCGUCCCAUUAUUUCCUCCAAGCCAGAUACAUAGUGCAACGUGUUAAAGAGUUUUCCUUAAUGGUUUGUCUGUAACAAUUUUGUAUCAAGUAGUGGCUUGUAUUAAAUGGUUCAUAGCCAAAUUUAUACAGCAAACAUAAGCAUACAUUUGUGUGAAUGUUGGAAGAAGAACAGCACUUAGCUCAUUUCUCAGUUAUCCAUUCGGUGUGCUGAUGAGACACCUUUCCUUUGGGAAUAUGGUGGCUUGUUGAGAGCAAGUUGUGCCAUCUGAAUCAUUCUAAGCCUGCAGCAACAAUCAUUCUAUUCCUUCCCUUUGCAUGUUACCAUCUUAGCACAUCAGUUCUACACUGAAAAGGGUACCAUUGUCAUCCCCAUGUCUGGCAGGAUCAUUAAAAUAUAGCAUGUGUUUUCUUGGAAUUUUUGAUAGCUGGCCAUUAACAAAGCAGCCGCAUCCACUGAUUCAGGGGAUUGAAUUACAAAUUCAGCACACUUAGCGGUUUUAUAUUUAUAACUGGAAAAAAAGAUUCUACCAGCCUCUGGUUCAGUUUUAUCUUUGUGAUUGUGCAUAAACUCAGGUUAUUUUACGAAAACCAUGGCUUCUGUUUAGAAUGGUAUAUUCUUGCCAACUUGGACAUAAGACAAUUCAAUAAAAUUUGAGUCCAUCUAAAUCAUGAAAAUGCUUUUCUCUGUUAGCCCACUUUAUAAGGGCUUUAGGAACCUAGCAAAUAUUGCAUAACCUCUCCUUUCAGCUCAUCAUACAAUCUAUUUAGCAGGAAAAAAAGGACAUGGAAUACUGUUAGCUGUAGCUGCUGGUCAAAUACUUCCCAUGGCAUAAAUAACUCUAAAUCCCCGUUGCUGUUCUUAAGGCUGCUUUGCAUGAUAUGGGGCAGCAGUUGUGGGAUACAGGUGUAUGUAGUGUUUUAGGUUUGAUUUGGGAAAAAUCUCAGCACACCAGAAUGCAGACUGUACAACUCUGCAGCUCAUGAAAAUAGUUACAUCUGCCCUUGAAUUGCAUUGCUGCUGCUUGAUGGAUUUCUGCAUCAGACCGAGAUUGGACUAAAUAAUCUCCAGGAUUAUCUUUCCAAUCCUUACACUCUGGGAGUUUGGAAAUUGACAUAGCUGUUGAACUACAGAGAAGCACCGCGCAUCAAUGUUUCCACAUAUUCCAUAGUUCUUCCAAGUUGGAUCCAAGACAACAGGUCAAUGUUUUAUUUCUGAUGGGUUAGUUCUGUCCCCUAAACAGAUUUACCUACUUUUAUAUGGCAGCACACACAUUGUAUUGAUGUGAUUGAUUUUAUUUCAUCCUUAACAGUCCUUUCUUUAAGCUGCUAUGCUGCUGCUAUUCCUACUGUCAUAUCUUCGCUUGCAUAGGCUCAAUAAGGAUAUUUUGUAAGCGGCUUGAAAAUUGCCCUGGUAGUUUAAAGCAGAGAAUGGUAAUUUCUUUAUUGUUGAGAGCUAUUCUGUAUUUGUUUGCUUUGCAACUAAGAGCCAUAAGGGAGAUGACUUAUACAGUGAAUAAUGCCACUGAACAAAGGACAGGAUUUUACUGAUUUCUCUUCCAUUUUGGUGGAAUAGGAAUCCUUUUAAAUAAAAGAUGGGCACAUGUAGUUUGUUUUAGGGUAUUUUGGAUUCUGAAAACCACAAUGGAGGUUGGCUGUGAGCUGUCCACCCUGUAAUAAAAAGGAAAAUAAACACUUUUGGUUCUAGAAUUUAAUAAGAUUAUAUUUUUUGUAGCAGUUGGGUGAAACAUAACCCAAAUUCAAUUGUUCACUUUUCCAGUCCAAAUUUAUUAUUUCUGAAGCUCUUGAUGGAGAAAAGAAACAUAUCCAUCGUUGGGAAACAAAACCAGUUCAGAAACAUUUUAAUGCCCGCCUUUUGAACUUCUAAUAAAUGUAGAACAAAUUUUUGAAAUGGUGAAGAAGUAGCCAUGUCUGACGUAAGGUUUCUGUAAAGUUUUUGCAGAGUCAUGUUCGUCUAAAAUAAUUUUGGUCUAAGAAUUGUGCCUGAAGCACUGGACUUCAAACUCUUAAUUCUAUUCGUUUUAUGCACCUUUGAGUUUUUAUACACCAUCCCAUCUGAUUCUUACUAACAUUCUUCAAUAUGCCUUCUAUUGUGUAUUCCCGGAUGAAAAGACCAAUCCUGAAGGUCAUUUGAUCCCAGCUACUGGUAAAAAACAUGUUGACUAUUAAUGUAUAUGGAAAACUCUUUUAGAAGAGUAAAAGUCUGUUAAUUACAUGCUUUUUACCCACAGCCAUUGUGAAAAGCAAAUCCAUUUUUGUGUAAAGUAUUGCUUUUAUGUUACCAGUUUAGACUAAUGAGCCUCUAUUUCAGAACUUUACCUAAUCAAUAUAAUCAGGGCAUAAGGAACUAUGUAUCUGAAUGAUCCAUAUAGAUUGUGCUUGCCCUUUAAAUGUGACAUCAAAGAGGCUCUUCUAGAACACCUGAAUGGCAUAUUGUAAUGGCCAUAAAAAUAUGCCAUUUGGAAGGUGACUGGCUUUGUAGUUUCCACAAUAUAUUUAUUUGUAAAAUUUAUUGCCACCCAUUUUACCUCAAGGUAAUUCUAGUAAGUACCUACCUUCAUAAACAGCAUUGAUCUGGGCAUAAUUCUAAAACAAAAAAGAUAGAAAUUGUGUUUGUCUGCCUUAACCUAAAAUUUGGAAUUAUUUUCAAUGUCAUUUUAAUGUGAAUUAUAUAUUUUAUAUUCCUGCUCUGCAUUAUUUACUUCCACCUAACCAAACUUAUUACCUUAGGGCACUGCUGUGGAAAGUUUCUUUUGGGAGAGAAAGAUAUCAAGCACUUAGUUAACUUACAUUUAGAUUCAUUUUUCCUUCUGAUAGACUACUGUUCAGGCUCUUCAGAUGGAUUUUACCAUAAAGAGAUGGACAGGAAAAAGGGAGAGGCAUCUAACUUGUGAUUAGAGGAAAUUAGUCUACCCGUUGGGUCUGCUUAGAAUGACUUUUUCACUACCAAAGCUUGGUAGAAGCCAGACUAGGACGUAGAAAAAAAUAAAAUCUCUUUAAGAUUGGAGAAUGGAUUUCUAGGACCAGUUAUUUAGAAGCUGACAUUUGAAGUUCCUAUACAUUGGUUCCAUGUGUUCCAGUAAUUAAUGAAUAAAUGCUAAAUAAAUUAGCUGUGAUAUUGUAUAAAUCUGAGUUGUUACUAAGGCUGUUCAAAAAGCAGCAAAGGAACCUUGUUUUAUUAUAAAACUUCCUGCUCAAGAUUUCAUCACAUUUCCAAAAUACGUUCCAAGCAGAUACAGUAUGUGCAAUAGUAUUAAAUAUGUGUGUAAGGAAACCACUCUCUGAAGGCAGCUGCUAGAAUAGGAAUGGUGUAGUAGAGUUGUUAACAUUUACCGUGUAUGCCAGUGGUUACAAAUUGGGAUACCAUGACCCCCUAAAUGAAUUAGUGGAAUUGAUUAUUUCAAUUUUGUGUUAAUACCCUGUUUCCCCGAAAAUAAGACAUCCCCUGAUAAUAAGUCCAAUCAGGUUUUUGAGCGCAUUCACUAAAAUAAGCCUCCCCCGAAAAUAAGCCCUCCCCAAAAAUAUUUAAAUGCAGAGCUGGAAAUCAGGUAAGACAGCAAGAGGAACCCCAUCUUGCUCCAUGCGCCCCAAAAUAAGAUCUCCCCGAAAAUAAGGCCAAGCACUUAUUUUGGGGUUCAAAAAAUAUAAGACAGGGUCUUAUUUUCGGGGAAACACGGUAAUACUCAAAAGUCUGAGUUAGACUUCCAUAUUUUAUUUUAUUUUUAAAAAGUGGGACUCCCUUCUAAGAAAUUCCUGAACCUGCCAGGGGCCACAAACCAUAGUUGAGAUCCAUGCUGUACUGUAGGUUAUUUUGCUACUUGGAGUAACCUUCAAGCAUUUUCCCCCUUGAAGCAGAAGAGUUACGGGUACCUAUGUGGAGGGGGAAAGCAUCUGGAGGAAGGAGAUAUUAAUUUUUCUCUUGUAUCAAAAAAUAUUUGCAGACCUUUGCAUGAGUUCUGCAUUUAACCUAUAGCCAGCCCUUAAAUCCAUGCAUUCUGUGCUGUACAUUUAAACACUGCACUCCUUUUUAACUUGAAGUUUCUCAUGCCACAGCAAUGACAACUGCUAGGUUGUUGAAGAACAUCACUAAGGAGGAAAAUGUAUUAAAUUAUGUACCAUUGGUUUUCAUUACAGACUUGCUAUUAGGCCUGAACGACUUACUUAGUGAGCUAAGGCAAAAACAGCUUAUCAGUGCCUUCAAUACUAUUUACUUAAGAUACAACAAUGCAGUAAACAAGACUUUUUCAAUUAAAUCUCCUCUGGAAGAAUUGUGGUUGGACUGCUGAGUGCUGCUGUCCCAGAGUAGCUGGAGAAGGUUGAACUGCUCUGCUCUUGCUUAGUUGAUCAAUUAAUGCAAUAUUAAUUCUUAAGUCACAUUAGUGCUGUGCAUGGGCACUGUGCUCAUUAAUGUAAAUGGCAACCAAGGCUCUAUGCACAUAAUACUUUGUGGAGGGUUAGGCACAUUGUAUUUGUGAAGGAAGAGUUAAUUAGGUUAAUUGUCUAUAUGAUGCAUGCUUCCUUGAAGGAAAAAAAAUCGGUGGUGAUUACCAGACCCAAAUAUACGCAUAUAACUGCACGCAAGGUUAAUGUAUCCCAAAUGAGAAUUUAUUGAGUGUUAAGUAUUCUUAUCUAAUACCUUUGUACUGUUUCCAUUUACCAGAUGGCUGUUAAAAUGACUUGAUUUCAAGACAAAUUUGCCUUACUUUUCAAUUCUUGUAGAGACAAUCUUUAAAAUCUGGAUUAAGCUGCAGUGUUGCUUUAUUAAAAUACAUUUUACUUUGACCAUAUCGCAAAUUCAAUAUUAGUUUCUCAAUCAUCAGAAAUUAAGUUUGUUUGAUUUGUACUUUUUGAAAUUGUUGAAUUUUGUCUUUUGAAGUGUACUUUAGUGAAUUAUUUAUGGGAUUCUGUUAGGAGGAUUUUCCUCCUGUAGUAUAGUCUGGGAUAUUCUUCAUAUAUUUAUUAAUUUUUCUUCUGCAUGUAUAUUAAGGCUGCAGCAGAAGCCAUGUGCUUAUGUUGGGAUAAUUUUUGUGAUGUAUAUAAUAAUAGUAUAAAUAGGAUAUCUAGUUUGUAUCUUUCACUGCACUUACUGAUGGUGAUUUCAUCUCUAUUGAUUAUGAUAAAUAAUCAUAAUGAUUUCAUUUAAUUUGGUAGGAAAGAUUUGAAGCAUGUAUAUGGUAGGCCAGUUUAUAAAAUUGUUAUGCUUCAAGUAACAUGUUUAUUAUUGAUAUACAAUUGGAUUUUUAAUCCAUAUUCCUGUAAUAGAAUUUGAUAGAAAUGGUAGUCUUUUGUAAUUUUUUAAUGUUGUGAACAAUACAAUUGUAAUUUUAUAAUAAAUACUUUACAAUGCAAAUGUUUUCAAAUAUUUCUGAAAUUUGAUAUUAACUAAGGCUUUGAGAGACAAUGUAUGUGCAUUUGAAAGACAUUUUUUUGUACUUGCUGUGUAGUGAAAUGGUUGGGUGAGUACAUUUUUCCCUCAGUACUGCAGUAUUGAAGUAAUGAUGCCUACUUGAAUUUGGAAUAGUAACCAGUAUUACUGAAGCAGGAUAAUCCAAAUAAAAUGCUCCUGGGACAUUAACCUAGGACAAAUACAUUAACUUAA